CGCUCCUUUCUAGGCAAUUUCAACUUUGGCACGGGCUACUCAUGAUCUGACUGUAUUUUGCAUAUGUUGUAGUCGCUGCCGGCUAUCACUGGUGGACUUCUCGACACAGGGAGAUGGCAUCUGGUGAGGGAUGCCCGAGGGAUUUCGAAGAGUCAGGAGAAGGAGCUCUGGCAUCGACAGAGGCCGACCCUUUACUGCAUGAUACAAGAAGUGAUACACAAGCAACCCAACACCGACGCCACAUGCCGUGGGCCGUCUACCGCGAGAUGGAGGACUGGAGGCGUGCACACGGACGGUGUAUUACGAAAAAGGGUGACUAUAACGUUAAGCCAAGCCUUCUUGGAACAGCUCACUUCCAUCGCCUCAACACGACGGCUACAAGAGAUUGGCGAGCUGGUGAUACAGAAUCCAGCCUAUCGAGGGACAGACCGCGCAGGAAGAGGAGGAACAGACAGAACGAUGAAAGACUGCCACGACUCGAUCAGAGCGACGACCGAAUCUGGAGCACGCUAUUACCGUCAGUUCGUGAAAUGGGCGAGAAGUCACUUUGGCAUUCGGCGUUGAACUUGGUAUCUGCUCUGCCGUAUUUGAUACUCAAAUUGACCAUUCCUCUAGUCGAGAAAGAGCACGAUCGUCAAUGCGAUCAUGGCUGGCCGCGUUGGUUGCUCGUGGUCCAGGGCUCCAUUGCACCUCAAUUCAUCUGGGCCAUGCUCUGGCUCAACAGUGGACCUUCCGCCACUGCAGACACCUAGAUCGUGCCGGCAGCGUGGUGCAUCUUAGGCAGCGCCAUCUUCAGCGUUCUCAUCUACAUUUGCAGCUCCGAAAGCUGCCAGCCACGAUGGUACCCUCUAGUCAGCGUGCUGGGGUUUAUAAUGGGUGCUUUUUGGCUAUCCGUCAUUGCGGAUGAGAUUGUUUCCAUUCUCAAAAUGCUGGGGACCGUGCUCGGUAUCUCACCGGCGAUUUUGGGCUUCACAGUGCUAGCGGUGGGAAACUCGCUUGACGACUACUUUGCGGAUAUCACUAUUAGUCGGCAUGGCCAUCCAGUCAUGGCUUUUGCGGCCUGUUUUGGCGGGCCGUUGCUGAACAUCUUGCUCGGCUUGGGAUCUAGCAUCACCUAUGUCAUUGGACAGGAAUUUGGACGGAGCGGCAAGCUGACAGCGAUACCUUUCGCCGUCGACCCGGUCUUGAC